CGUCGUGUGAUCUGAAGCACCUACCAUGAUACCCACUCUCUCAGCUGCAAUGGUGGUGGUGUGCCUGGCAGGAUUAAUAUCAUUGGUUGGCUACAUAUUGCUGGAGCGUCGUCAAACUGGAACCGCUACCAGACAAGGACACAUUGCCACAUCAUCAAAUGCCAAGUCAACAAGUCGAAGUCCCUCACAAAUUCCUUCCACACAAGCUUCAGCCGCUACCGGACAAGGGGACGUUGCCACAUCAUCACCAAGUACCAAGCCAACUAAUCCAAGUCCCUCACUGAUUCCUUCCACACAAGCUUCAGAUUCCAGUCAAGGAACUGGAGCUACAGAAAGCAACCAUGGAGUCGAUGAUAGCAACAAGCCUACCGUUGAUGGUUUAGGUCAAGUCAAGAGUGCAGAUUCCCCUCAAGGAACUGGAGCCAUAGAAACCAACCUUGGAGUCGAUGAUAGCAACGAGGCUACCGUUGAUGCUUCAGAGCAAGUCAAGAGUGCAGCCGCUGCCAGACAAGGGGACGUUGCCACUUCUUCAAAAAAUGCCAAGCCAACAAGUCAAAGUCCCUCAAAGAUACCUUCCACAAAAGCUUCAGCAUCUACCAGAAAAGAGGACAUUGCCACGUCUUCACCGAAAUCCAAGCCAACCAGUCCAAGUCCCUCACAGAUUCCUUCCACACAAGCUUCAGGAGUGCAUGCACUCAUGGAUACACCCAAACCUCAGCAUAGUCAGGCACCAGACCAACAACCACGUUUAGAUGACAAAACUCUACAAGAGGUGGCUACAAGGCUUGGUUGUGAUUGGACAAAACUGGCAUUGGUGCUGGGCUUUGAGAGUGUACAGGUUCAGACUAUUGAGAGAAAUUACCAAAGCAACAUCACAAGGCAAGGUCUGGAAAUGCUUGUAACAUGGAAACAGGCCCAAUCUACCAGUGUUGAACAGCAGUGGUACAGGUUGUGCACAGCAUUGGAGAAAAUUGGAAGAGCAGAUGUUGCCAGAUUUCAGAACGGAACAGAUCAUUUCUAA